AUGUUGCGAGAAGAUAAGGACGCACUAACUGCACAGUUGGGCGAGCUACGCGUCAGAUAUCGCGAGCUGUUCGACAACGAGCUAUCUCUCCGUACUGAGUUGCUGUCAUGCGAGCAAGACAAGUUGGCACUCAGUAAAGCGUUCGUCGCCUUCCAGUUGGAGCGCGACACUCAGGUACAGCAGCUUGACAGCGACAAAUUCGAGGCUGAAACUCGACUUCUGAAGGCAGAACAACUCGUUGUCGAGAUCCAGCGAGACGACGCCACAAAAGCUGAGCAGAUCCAAGAUUUGUGUGCAAAAAUGAAUGAGCUGGUAGCUGACAAGACGCGACUUGGUGGCGAGUUAUCUAUGCUGCAAAAAGCAGUAAAAUCGGCAGAAGCUGCUCGCGACGCAGAAGCCAAAAAGAAUCAGCAGCUGAGUCUGGAACUGAUCGUCGCUGUCAACCAGAAGCAGAAAUUCCAGGGAGAGAUGGAGACGAUCGUCACUCAAUUACGCGCUCGUCAGGCUCAACUGGAUGACAAGCAGACUGAGAGCACUAAACUUCAAUCAGAUAAUGAAGAAUUGCGUCGAGAAGCUGUGGAGUUUAAUACGAAGCUUGAUGCGAUGCGGAAAGAUCUGGAGCUCGAGCUGGAACGUGCGGAAUGGGCGGCCAAGAAGGAGCAACUGGAGACGCAACAGGCUGGACGAGAUGCUGAUAGUGUUCGUGAACGUACAGUCAAACAGUUAAGCGAUGAGCUGGAGACUCAACGAUUGGCAUUUGCAGCGGAGAAAAAAUUGUUGGAACGUCAAGUGGAACGUUUCCAGGACGAUCUGAAGCGUGAGAUCCGAGAUAAAGAAGUUGCAAAUACAGCGUUGAAGACUAAGAGCGACGAGAAUGAAGAGCUUGUGCUGGCUCUGGAGCGAACACGACAUGACUCGCAAGCACAACUUGAGACUUUCCGUCUGAAACUCGCACUACUUCAUCAGUCAGGAGGUGACGCCGGCGAGUCUACUGGGAUUCGAGCUCUGCGAGAACUGCUAGCGUCGUACCAAGAGCGGGAAAGAGAAGUACGCGACGAACUUGACAGCGCACGAAACGCUGCUGCAAAACAACAACUCGCAGCAGAGAUGCAGCAGCGCUCGGAACAAGCACUGAUACUAGCACAGCUGGAGGCUCAGAAUGCAAACCUGCGACGCGAGCAGAAAGAAACCAACGUGGCCGACCCCAACGAACUAGAAACCCUGCGUGCUGCCAAGAGCCAACUCGAAUCACGACUGUCAAGCACCAAAGCUCACUGGAUGAAGUUGCUGGAACAAGUUGAGCGACGAUGUGCCGAGUUACUCACCAGGAACGUCAUGCUCACUGAAGACAACGAGAACAUUCGCAAACAUCUCACCAAGGUCAUGCAGCGUACCUGA